AUGUAUGCCAGAUUGGGUAGAGAUCGCCUGUACAUCGCUGGCGGUCCCGGCGGCAGUUCCAUCGGCCCCAAAGUUCACGAAUACAUAGCUAAGUCGCUUGGGCUUCCGUGGACAUGUGAGUUCUUGCAGCUAGCCUCUGUCGACGAGGCUAUGCGAUACUUUCGGGCGCCCGAUUUCGCCGGUGGGAUCGUGACAAUGCCUCACAAAAGAACCAUCAUUCCUCAGCUCGAUUACUGUGACCACCUGGUAAAGAUACUGGGGGCAUGCAAUUUUGUUUAUCUCGCAGAAAAUGGGCAAUUGUGUGGCACAAAUACAGACUGGGUGGGCAUCUACGAUUCUAUCCUCCCGCACAGUCCGAGCCACGCUCCCGGUAUGACAGGCAUGGUGUACGGAGCAGGCGGCGCCAGUCGCGCAGCAAUCUACGCCUUGUGGGCGAAGCUGAAAUGCGACAAGAUUUACGUGGUUAAUCGAGACAGCCAGGAGGUUGCAGACUUAUUCGAUGACGUACAGCGACAAGGUGACUUGUAUCGCCCGGAGUUAGUUCAUGUCCGGAGUGUGACGGAGUCCAAAGCUCUGCCUACGCCUUACUUCAUUGUGUCUACUAUCCCGGACUUCGAGGCAGUCACUCCAGAUGAACUCCAAGCACGGGAUAUCUUGGUCGAAUUUCUAUCGCGAAGCUCGUCACCAAGAGGAAUCUUACUGGAUAUGUGCUAUCAUCCACCCAUGACGAGGAACUUAAAACUCGCAAUCCAACACGGUUAUAGAGUCAUACAAGGCUACACAGUGGUUGCUUCUCAGUUCUCAUGUCAAUGGAAAUUCUGGACAGGGGAGGCCAUUGAAAUGGAGAAGGUGUUUGAGAUGACGGAACGAUUAGUCCAGGAAGAGGAGGCCGCAGCGGUGGCCAGGGCAACUAUCAAAUAA